AUGAGUGCACAACGCAGCCGUCCCAUUGCUUGGCGAAGGAUCAAACUACAGGAUUAUACAUUUCGAAGAGUCAGACUACCAAGAUCAUCAAAUGGAAAUGUCACCUCUUUCUCAGGCGUAAAGUCCAAGGGGCAAUAUCCUUCGAUCAUCACACCAAGGCAUUCAGACGAUACAAGUCGCUCUGUCCGUGCGGGUGUGACCUGGUUAACCAGGAGUCCGGCCCUUGUGGAUCCCGAAAGGUUACGUUCAGAGCUGCCCAGAUAUUGUGACAACAAAUCCUUGGUCAAGAUCUUGAUCCUGUUCGUAACACCGUCUUUGGCUUCUUUGCUCGAGCCAUCUGCUUUUCUUCAGCAUGUCCUGCCUUCCUUGUACGCUGGCCGCCGAACUUUUGUGAAAGGCAAAUCUAUUGAGAAAACGAUAAAGUGCAUCACUGCUGUGGUUGACGCGCUUCCAGUCCCUCCUGAUAUCGAAGGGGAUCCAGACGGAAAUGAAACCCUUACAACGGCGGCUAGUACUGAAGGACUGGCGCUCUUCAUGACCUCUAAGAAUUUCGACGCCCGAUCUGUUUAUUCCCAAUCGGAACGGGUUGAGGAAGCAGAUAACAACUCCGCCACAACAUUGAAAUUUUGCUCCUCCGCUGAAGCGAGCUCUCCGGAUCGAGCAGCACACCUCGCGCCAUCCGUGCGGCAUGUCGCAUUACCCGUCGCCAACACCAUUUUCGUCAAUGAACGACGAACAACUCUUUUCCAAGACUCGUGGAGGAUGAAGCUCACUGAGUCAGAGGAACCAACCAUCAGCUAUCUUGGCAGAAAGACUCUCAAAUCAUUUCAAAUGAACCUACCCUGCCCGGGAGAUUGUUUUGUAGACGGCGGAUCUGCGCCAUUACACGCACUAACAAAGCCGAGAAAGGUCGUUCGAUCCAUGGGAAAUGUGCUUCGUCAGAUUGAAGUCGACGGCGAGGCUGUCCCUGCCUCUCAAGAGCUCGAGACAGCCGUUUCAGCAUACAUAAAGUCGAACCCCACGAGCACGGUUCGGGGUUCACUCCUCGUCUUUGGUCUGAUCCGUUCACCAGGGACUCCAUCGUUCGACGCCGAUGCGGAUGCAAACAAGGAUACCAAGGAAUCGGGCUCACUGAAACCGCUUUGGCAAGGAGCACAGCUCUUCAAGGUCUCAGGCGGCGGAGGAGGCUGGGGAAAGAGACAAGGCCUCUUAUCACUGGAAUCAGCUGUCGAUUUCGAGAUCGGCGACGCGCCAUCACUUGUGUUUCCAAACCUGGAUGGCGACCAAGGCGGCUUCCAGGAGCUGGGGUCGCGUAGCAUAGUUCCAGUGGACAGCACGGUCGAGUUCCUAGUUUGUUCCGUGGAUUCUGCACCUAAGACCAGCGCAAGAACAUUCCUAUCAACGCCCGCGUUGUUCCCUCGGCAAAAAGACGGCACGACCAUCGUACUGGGCACUGCCACGGACCCCGACUCCCAGGACUAUAUGGCAGAGGACCCAGGCGCCACCAGCACAGGGGUGGUCUUCUUACCGGAUUACUUCGGCAUGGUCUCUUACGGAGGUGCUGCUCUUGGCACCGACAGCUCAAUAUCGACCGGACAUAAAUCGAAAGCGAUUUCGCGGACACGCUGUGAUGUUCCGGGUGCUCGCUUCAUCAUUCGUGGCGUGGGAAGUGUGCAACGGCCCUGUUCUACGGAAGAUGAGUACGUGUCGAAGAAAGAAUAG